CGAACUUUAGCGCCGCGCGAGCUUUGCCUAUUUAAACGAUCGCGGGCGAUCGAAAUCGGUCAGUCUAGCUGUUACUACACGCACUACAGGAGAUACCUUACGUAGAGAUUUAACCUGUUGCUUCCUGUUCUGUUUUGUAUUUGUAGUUAUUUUUUGGUAUUAACUCUUGUUUCUCCGCUGUUGAGUGGUUUUUGCUUGUUGAGCCGAGUGCGUGCUGGGUGGGAAUUGAUUCCUGGAUCAUCCCGCGGAUUGAAUCCCGUUCAAGUAAAUUGCAUUGUGAUGAAUGUUGAACAUUGUUUCGGUUAAGGAUUGUUAACUAGUUGGAAGAUUUGCGGAAAAGAAUCCGAGUGUGAACUGUGAUUUCAAGGGAAAAGUGACAUUGAUCGAGAGGGGUAAAAGGAUCGCGAAAUGGCUUACACGUUGAUUUUGGUGGCUUUGACGAGCCUGCUGUCGGUGGUGGGCUACCUGAAGGUUCUGUACGAGUGGCACCGGAAGGUGCGGGUGCAUACGGUGAAGUCCUCGCGUUACGCGAAAAAGUUCCAAAAGUGCGAGGAGAGUCAGGUGCAGGAAGUUGAAGAGCAUGUGGAGAUCCCGCAGGCACCAGGACCUUAUCCGUGGCCUGUGCUGGGUAGUGCGGCAAUCAUUGGACAAUAUCCGGCGCCGUUCAUGGGCUUCUCGGCCCUGGCGAAGAAGUACGGCGAUGUGUACAGCAUCCGCAUUGGCCAGGGUCAGUGUUUGGUGGUGAGCAGCUUGGAGUUGAUCCGCGAGGUUCUGAACCAAAAUGGGCGGUACUUCGGUGGCCGGCCGGAUUUCCUGCGCUAUCACCAGCUGUUUGGUGGAGAUCGUAACAACUCUCUGGCCCUGUGCGAUUGGUCCUCGCUGCAGCAGAAGCGUCGCAACUUGGCCCGCAAGCACUGCUCGCCGAGCGACGCCUCCAGCUACUAUCAGAAGAUGAGCGACGUCGGCGUGGCGGAGAUGCACUACUUCAUGGACCAGCUGAUCGAGGUGGUCAGCCCCGGGCAGGACUUCAAGGUCAAACCGCUGAUCAUGCAGGCCUGCGCCAACAUGUUCAGCAAGUACAUGUGCUCGGUACGGUUCGAGUACGACGACGGCGGCUUCCAGAAGAUGGUGCACAGCUUCGAUGAGAUCUUCUACGAGAUCAACCAAGGAUACGCCGUGGACUUCAUGCCCUGGUUGGCUCCGUUCUACUUCCGGCACAUGAGCAAACUGAGCAGCUGGUCGAACUACAUCCGUGGGUUCAUCCUGGAACGGAUCGUGAACGAACGGGAGCAGCACCUCAGCGAAGACGAACCGGAGCGUGACUUCACCGAUGCCCUGCUGAAGAGUCUACGGGAAGAUCCUUCGGUCAGUCGCGACACCAUCAUGUACAUGUUGGAGGACUUCAUUGGAGGACACUCCGCGAUCGGAAACCUCGUCAUGCUCGCCUUGGGGUACGUAGCGAAGAACCCGGAGAUCGGCAAGCGUAUCCAGCAGGAAAUCGAUCACGUUACCGAGAAAGGUCUACGCAACGUCACUCUCUACGAUACGGAGAGCAUGCCGUACACUGUAGCCACCAUCUUCGAGGUCCUCCGAUAUUCUUCGUCUCCGAUUGUUCCCCACGUGGCCACUGAGAACACCUGCAUCGGCGGCUAUGGAGUUCAAACCGGUACUGUAGUCUUCAUCAACAACUACGACCUGAAUACCAGCGAGAAGUACUGGGACCACCCGGAACGGUUCGACCCAAGUCGGUUCAUCGAGAGCGCUACCUUGGCACAGAUCCGCUCGGACUUGGUUGGUUCGCCAACUGCCAGCGAAGACCUCAGCAGUAUUAUCAAGCACAACAACAUCGACUCUUCGAACGAGAGCCAGAAGCAGAUCCUUCGCGUCAAGAAGAACAUCCCACACUUCCUGCCCUUCAGCAUCGGCAAGCGAACCUGCAUCGGGCAGAACCUGGUCCGAGGCUUCAGCUUCAUCAUGUUGGCGAACAUCCUGCAGAAGUACGACGUCCACACGAACGACCCGGAGCAGAUCAAGAUGAAACCCGCCUGCGUAGCGGUCCCACCCGACACCUACCCGCUGGCGUUCACGCAGCGCUCCCAAUAGAAUAGCCCCCCCCAGUAGCCCCCCCAUUUGUAAAUAGCCCCCCACCAUCAUCCACAUCGCCCUUCAUUAAAUUAUUUCUCGCCCCAAAUCGAACCAAAAUCCCGCCGUAAAGCUCGCCUUCAUCCACUCACCCCGCAUCCAUCUAUCUUAAUCGAACCCAGUAGUAGGCCAGGAGGAAACGAACAAACGAACACUAAUCCAGUAGUUGCUAGGGAAACCGACGGCGCCACACCGUAGCCGCUUGCGCUCGGUCGCUCGGUCGGUAAAGUAGAACACUUUAUUAUAAACAAAAUGUUAUCUAGUUUGUAGAGAGCGCUCCCGUGAAAACACACUCACACACACACCAACGACAAAAUCACUCAAACACUCAAACACUCGGAGAUGCGUACCGCAAAGCCUAGGAUAAUGGAAGUAAAUAUUUCGUUUUUAUAAAACAUACAUUACACGAUACGAGGAAAAUUAUUAUACAUGUAAACAAGUAGGGAUGCACAAGUCGCGUUUAGCUAGACGAUGAGAUCAAGACUAUUUAUAUCGAAGGAGACACACAUCCGUGAGAGAGCAAAAGUACUUACAAAAAAAAACACGCUAAGUUAGUUGUUUGGAGUUUGCUUUGUUUUUUUUUCUCUCGAUGAAAGUGCGGUCGGAACCGCGGCGAAGUUUGGUGACAUUUUUGCGCACCGAUUUGGACCGAAUUUUCGAGACUUUUCGCACUUUCCGGAGGUUAGAUUAGGGUUGCAUUUACAGUUUAGAAGUUAGAGAGCCUGUUAAAAUGUCAGUGAUUUGAUUUUUUUUUUCGAAUAAGAACUAAGACUGAAUUGAUGAUCCUUUCGAAUUUGUUUGAAAGUUUUGCUUCAAAAUCGCGUAGAUAAAAAGGAAAAACAUGUUUUGAAAUGAGCUGCAUUAAGCUGUAGGAUAAGAGUAAACGGAUUAGAUUAUGAAUCUAAUAUGUUCUAACUUUAGUAGAAGAAAUCUAUACAAAGUUAAUCGAUAUAUGUGAAAUGAAAAAGUAUUGUAAAUUAAUAUAAUAUUGAUGAAAAUUACUACA